CACUGUAUUGAGAAACAACCCUGCCUACGAUUUAUAUCAGCCGUCCAAAACUUCCUCUUCCACAUUUGUCAACAGAACUUUCUUCUAGCGUUGUCUAGCUUUCAAUUCUUUGCUUUUGGUCUUUGGGUAAGAUUUGGAAUCGCCUGACUCGUUACAAUUUAAAGUAGAUAAGUGCUACAAACCGUGUGUCUUUGUUUUUACGUUUGUGUGAAUUUCGCGUAGCUUAUCAAGUAACUGUUCAAUUGAUUGUCGUCUUUUUUGGGUUACACAACUCACUAGAUUUAGUUUUGCAAAGGGCGGAAGCGUAAAAGUACAUUUGCAAAAAAAAUGGACAACCCGAGUACUUCUCCGGAACAAAGGACGCUUACGCUUGUGGUCAAAACGCCGAAUCAAGCCCACCCUGAUCAGAUUAUCAAAGAUAUUGAUAUAAACUGGACAGUGAAGGAUUUGAAGAACCACUUAUUCCACGUACACCCAAUUAAUCCGCUUGAGAAAGACCAGAGAAUCAUCUACUCAGGCAAGCUGCUCCUGGACCACCUGCUACUCCGAGAUGCCUUCAGAAGGUCGGACCCGAUGCCCACUAUUCACCUGGUGUGUGCGUUCAGACCCCCGCCCCAGGGCCCGCUACAAGCCCAGCCCCAGGUGACACCAGCGGAGCAGGAGAGGGGGGGUCCCUCGGCCCUCGUGACGGGAGGGAACUCAGACUCCCCUGAUACCCCCCCUGCCACCUCGGGCCCCCAAGCAGAAGGUCUGAGGCACAGGGGACACCCCAGUGGCCCGACACCCGCCUGGACCAGCGCCACACUGCCCUCUCCAGCGCAGAUGACCCACCCCACUUUCCCCACCUACUCUCUGUACAGCCCCCAGCAGCUGCUCUGGCUGCAGCAGAUGUACGCCCGCCAGUACUACAUGCAUUACCAGGCCGCCAUGGCAGCCGCUGCCUCCGCCCCUGUGACCCCCGCCACCGCCCCCCACCCUGCCGCCCUGCCCAAUCAGGCGCCCAUCGACAACCUGCCGGCCAAUCAGAACGUGGCCGACGCCCAGUUCAUCAACCCAGGCGGGGCCAACCAAAACUUGCGCAUGAACGCGCAGGGCGGGCCGGUGAUGGAGGACGAGGAGGACGGCAAUCGCGAUUGGCUGGACUGGGCGUACACGGCGGCGCGUUUCUCGGUCUUCCUGAGCAUCGUGUACUUCUACUCCAGCCUCAGUCGCUUCCUCCUGGUCAUGAGCAGCCUGCUCUUCAUGUAUCUACACACGGCUGGCUGGUUCCCCUUUCGCCGUAGGCCUGUGGUCCCAGUUCCAAAUGAACCAGCCCCUGAGGUUAUCCAGAACCAGCAGAACCAAAACAGGAACGCAGAGCUGGGGGAUGCCCCUAUUGGAGGAGGCGAUGUGGAUGCAGGCGUGGGGGCAGAAGAGGAUGGGGCGGGGCAGGGAGAGGCUGGUCCCCUGACCGCCGUGCUGGUGCCGCCCUACAGAGUCUCUCUGGCCUGGACAGCCUGGGUCUUCUUCAAGGGCUUCUUCGCCUCUCUGAUCCCCGACAUCCCACAGGGCAUGGCCAACUGAGCGCCAGCAGUGCGGUGGCACAGUGACCUCCGUAUGGGGCGGGCCGAGCCUCUUUGGGGGGUGAAGAGUUUACGUGGUCGGAGAACGUUUUCGGGAUGUGCCGUGCAGAAGGCUCAUAUGCACUGGUUUCUGUCACAUUCCCUGUGACGGAAGACCUGCGAGCAACGUCUGUUAACGUAUAAACAUUCCUGCACCCUGACAAAGGAGGUCAGAGAACCGAGCACAGUCCUUCUCCAGAACCUGCACGAAACGAUGUGUAAUAAUGUAAAUAUGUUUGUAACUGAAGGACAGCACUUUGUAUACAUAUGAGUUUCUGUUUUAAUAUUAUUAUUAUUAUUAUGCACGUUGCUUUUCAGUUUUCUUGACUUGGGGAGGCUUAUCCAUCCCUCCAACCGAAAUGACGCCACCCCCCUCUUCCUGCAUUCUGAUUGGACACGGCCCCAGCCGGGGGUGUGACAAUGCAGCGAGCGUUUGUGUGCAUGCAGGAGAGAGAGGGAGAGAGGGAAUGCUGGUGCGAGAAGAGGUAUUAUGUGUGACUGUGGAGGGAAGACGGGGGCAGAUGUGCCCCAAUAGUAGGACUGUGCAAUGUUGUGAAAGAGGCGGCGAGAUUAGGCUGAAGAGUCUCAUUUGUCUCUUUCGUGUUGCCUUUGCCUUCUCAGCCAAAGCUGCAGCUAAAGAUGCAAAAUAUGUUUUUAUUAAUCGAGUAUCUCCUGAUCCAUAAUUCAUUUGAAGUAAUAAUUCUCAGCAUUGGGGAUAUUAAUCCUUCACAUGCACAUGAUGGACAUAGUUUAAUGUUAAUAUCUCACUUUGGAUCGCAUUUAGUAGUUUAUACAAUACUAAUCCCAUUUGGGAUGGUUCCUUUUAAUGGUACGCACAUACACUGAGUGUAGUUUUUAUUAUUUCUGCCAAUUAAAGCAAUCUGUUGAUAUAUUUCAAGGCUUUCUUCGUAAAGACCAGCUCUGUUAUUGAUGCUAAGAGAAUGUGUAAAACAGAUCUGUAUUUGCGUGAAGGUUUAUUAAAUACAUGUAUUUAUUUUGUCA